UAUUAUAUUUGAGCACACCCAAUCAUCAUCUUCCCCUGUUAUCAUCUCAAAUCUCAACCUUCUCCCUUCUUCUUCUUCUUCUUCUUCUUCUUCUCCUUGUCCCUCUCAGAACGGUUUACUCAUCACUCUUGUUUCAUUCUCGCUUCCACUUCCUAAAGGUGCUUGAAACUGGGUUCUUUUGAAGAUACUGAUUGCAUUUGACAUUAAAAGCAGCCGCAUUCCGACAGUGCGUAAAAUCAUGACCUGUUUUUCUUUCUUACGUAGUAGGAAAGUGCCUCCUCUAGCAAGUACAAAUCCUGACAUUGAUAAAGAAAUUUCGGGCAUCCAUGUAAGAGUGUUCACCUACAAAGAACUAAAAAUUGCCACUGACAAUUUCAGCCCGGUUAAUAAAAUCGGUGAGGGUGGUUUUGGUCCUGUCUAUAAGGGAGUGCUAAAGGAUGGGAAAGUAGGUGCUAUAAAAGUUCUUUCAGCUGAAUCAAAGCAAGGGGUGAAGGAAUUCAUGACAGAGAUUAAUGUGAUAUCAGAAAUAGAGCAUGAAAAUUUGGUUCAACUAUAUGGUUGUUGUGUGGAAGGAAAUCACCGAAUAUUAGUCUACAAUUACCAUGAGAACAAUAGCCUUGCACAAACGCUUCUAGGUGGAGGUCACAGUAAUAUCCACUUCGAUUGGCGAACGCGAUCUAGGAUAUGCAUUGGGGUUGCACGUGGACUUUCCUUUCUUCAUGAGGAAGUACGACCGCAUAUUGUUCACAGAGAUAUAAAAGCCAGCAAUAUCCUCCUUGACAAGGACCUUACUCCUAAGAUUUCAGAUUUUGGUCUUGCAAAACUUAUUCCAGCAUAUAUGACUCAUGUCAGCACACGUGUAGCAGGAACAAUAGGUUAUUUGGCACCAGAGUAUGCAGUAAGGGGGCAGCUGACACGUAAAGCAGAUAUUUACAGUUUUGGUGUCCUCCUUGUGGAGAUAGUCAGUGGGAGAUGCAACACAAAUUCACUAUUACCAAUAGGAGAUCAAUAUAUUCUAGAAAAGGCCUGGGAUCUUUAUCAGCAAAACGAAUUGGUAAUGCUAGUAGACAUAUCACUAAACGGGGCAUUCGAUCCUGAGGAGGCUUGCCGAAUUCUGAAAAUUGCGCUACUUUGCACUCAGGAUAAUCCGAAACUCCGGCCAUCCAUGCCUUCUGUGGUCAAGAUGCUCGCCGGAGAAAUGGAUGUUGAUGAAAGUAAGAUAACAAAACCAGGCUUGAUUUCAGAUGUUAUGGACCUUAAAAUUAGACAACCGAAGGGUAAUAAAGAUACCAAGACUUCAUCUUCAUUCAAUAGUUCCUCUGCAUCAGACAGCCAGGGCACUAUGAAGUCAUUAGCUGCUUCAAGUGCUGCAUCUACCUUCACUGUAAAAUAUGAUAAAAGCAUGUAAACAUCAUUCCUUAAUGAUUUACUUUUUAUUUAAUUUUUUUUAUUUCAUUUUUUUGAAUGAGUGUUAUCUCAUGUAAAUUUGCUGACGGUUCCAUAUCUGUUCUAAUUUAAUUUUUUUUUCCCGAUGGCACUAGGAAGUUUUGGGAAAUUAUGAACCAUCUUGUAAAUUUGGACCAUGGUUAUGAGCAAAUAAUAGUUUGUAGUUUGAA